CUGUUGCUGCUGUGGACGACCGACGGCAGCAGUCGUUCCACCACCACAAAGGAGUCUCUUCAUAGAGGCUUCCUGCUCGACGACACCUUCAUCAACGACCCUGGUGCCUCUAGCGGCGACGACCAUCGCUUGGGGUUCCCCGGGAAAUACGACCUGGACUUGGAGUAUCCUGAAGACGAUCUCCAUGACCUCGGGAAGGACACAAGAGAGCGCUACAUCCUCAGCGACUACCAGCGUGACGACUUGAGGCUCCGGGAGUCGCAGCAGACGUUGUAUAAAGAAUAUUUAAAGAGGGAGUCAUACCGAAGUUCGGCCGAGCUUGUGCCUCGAACCCGGGAGGAGCGUGAGGGGGGAGACUACACCAAACACACCACACACGACAAACAAAAUACGUCAGUGGUGUCCGGCAACACACAGUUGCAGGAGAAGGUGGUGCAGGAGGAAGAGGAGGCACCAGCUGAUCCGCUCGACGACAAAAGCUCAGCUGUUAGAGAAGAGAGUAAAACAGCUGGUCCACUAGAGGAGAAGGAGGCAGGUGGUGGUAAAGUCGUUGAUGGUGACCUACACGAAAGAAUGAUCUUGAGCGCAGGUCGUCCUCUGUGUAGAUCAAAGGAGAAGUACCUCCCGCCGGACAUGUACAACGCUGACGCCUGCGCCCUCUGCUAUUUCCACAUCGUCAACAGGGAACUUUUCAACACCAAAUGGAUUACACUGGAGGUGCAGAAGGCGGUGGAGGAGGAAGACGUCACCUACAAUGUCUCCGUCCUCCUCAACCCGAUGAACUUCUCUCAGUUGGUGAGUGUUGUCUCUUUGUUUUGGAGACAGACAGACAGACAGACAGACAGACAGAGAAGUUGCUGGACGCCAUCAACACGUACAAA